UUCAAUCCUCAAAUGUCAAAUACUAUUUCGUUUUCAAUCGAUUGGCUUUUGAGGGAGAAGAGUCAAUCGACAAAUAAGCUAUUGCCGGAACUGAAGAGAUUCCGGUGAAGCUCCGGUGCGUAUAAUGCUCAAGGCCGUUCAGAUCUUGGGUUGGUCAUCAGGGUUAACCAUCUCACAGAGAUUAACGAAGACCCGCAAGUCCUCGAGUGUCUCUUUCAUCUCUUCAUCUCUCAAUCUCUCUACUUUCUCCUCUGUAACUUCGAGCUCUCCUAGGAGAAUCUUAUCUUUCAACCCAAUUCGAAUGUCUUCCUCACUUCCCGGGACUGACCCAGUUGCAAAUUCUCCAGCUUUCGUCUCUGUUCAAUCAGCUGGUGAUGUUCGUAAGAUAAAGUUCUGUCAAUGGUGUGGAGGGCCAACGAAGCAUGAGAUACCUGAUGGUGAAGAGAAAUUGAGAGCUAUUUGCACACAUUGCGGCAAAAUCGCAUAUCAGAAUCCUAAGAUGGUUGUAGGUUGCCUUAUAGAACAUGAAGAAAAGAUUUUACUUUGCAAGCGUAACAUUCAACCUUCACACGGUCUAUGGACUCUUCCUGCUGGUUAUCUAGAAGUUGGAGAGUCAGCUGCACAAGGAGCAAUGAGGGAAACUUGGGAAGAAGCUGGAGCCACUGUGGAAGUUAUUUCACCUUUUGCGCAACUCGACAUUCCUCUUAUUGGCCAAACGUAUGUUAUAUUCCUAGCCAAACUGAAGAACCUGCAUUUUGCGCCUGGUCCAGAAUCAUUGGAGUGCCGUCUUUUUGCACUAGAUGAGAUACCGUUUGAUUCCUUGGCUUUUUCAUCUAUAUAUGUUACCUUAAAUUUGUACUUGGAAGAUCUGAAAAAUGGGAAAGUCAAGUUUCACUAUGGUACAAUAAAUAAAAGGCCUGGAAGUAGUCCUUCAGAUAUUCGUGCCUUUAGUCUUGAUUACCAUCUGCAGC